AUGCCUUGGACGUUGGAGCAAGUUGCUGAGCACAACACACGCAGCUCAUGUUGGGUCAUUAUACAUCAUCGUGUCUACGAUGUGACUGAUUUUCUACUUGAACACCCAGGGGGCCAGAAAGUAAUCCUUCAGUAUGCAGGUCGUGACGCGACAGCAGCAUAUGAGCCCAUUCACCCUCCAGGUUCCCUCGAGAAGAACCUCCCAGCAGAAAAGCAUCUUGGCCAGCUGAGUCCGGAUGCUAUUGAAUACCUGGCUCAACAAGCUGUGGCCCCAAAGAAAACACUGGACGAACGAAGAGUAGAAGAUGCCCAGCGAAGAAAGCCUGCACUGCACCGAAUGCUUGGCCUCCGUGAUUUGGAAGACGUGGCUAGACAAGUCCUGUCAUAUAAAGCACUGUCGUAUUACUCGUCCGCCGCGGAUGAUGAAAUCACAUGCUACGAGAACGAGAGAGCCUUCAGUCGUUUCUUCUUCCAUCCCCGUGUCUUGCGAGUGGUAUCACGAUGUGACCCGUCAACCACCAUCCUUGGACACAGGUCAUCUAUCCCUGUGUUCGUGAGCGCAGCAGCCCUCGCAAAGCUCGGCCAUCCUUUAGGUGAAGCAAACAUAACUCGGGGCGCAUAUUCAACCGGAAUCAUCCAGAUGGUGUCCAGCAAUGCCUCCCUUUCGUCUGGUCAGAUAUCGGAAACACGUCCCUCUCCCGAACAGACUCUGUUCUUCCAGCUCUACAAACGCAAAGAUGAUAUUGUCGCCGAAGAACGUGUGAAAGAAGUAGAGAGGCAAGGAUACAAGGCGAUCUUUCUGACUGUAGAUGCUAUCGUGGCAGGACAUAGAGAGAGAGAUAUCAAGGCUCCAUUCCUUCUGCAAGAUAUGGAAAACGCAGAAGACAAGGCUGCGAGCGCUGUGAACGUCGAUCAGGGCGUCGAAGAGGACGUGGAGGAAGAUUUGGGCUUAGGGGGCACGGCAGGCGCGUUAUUGGCCAAACAGGAUAUCGACAUGACUUGGGAAAAGACCAUUCUUUGGCUUCGAACUAUCACGAAACUACCCAUAGUGCUGAAAGGCAUACAAUGUGUUGAUGAUGCUUUGUUAGCAGUGGAGGCUGGUGUCGAUGGUAUUCUCUUGUCAAAUCACGGAGGCCGGCAGCUGGAAUACGCCCUGCCUCCCAUCGAGGUCCUGUAUCGCUUGCGUCUGCAGCAUCCUGGAGUGUUUGAUGAACUGGAAGUGUACAUCGAUGGCGGUAUUCGACGAGGGACAGAUGUCCUGAAAGCACUUUGCCUUGGAGCUAAGGCUGUAGGAAUGGGCCGCCCUUUUCUCUACGCACAGAGUGCAUACGGAGAAGCAGGUGUUGUCAAAGCUGUACGAAUUCUUCAGCGAGAGAUCGUAGCAGGAAUGCGUAUGCUUGGAGCUACAAACGUCAAGGAACUUGUUCCAGCCAUGGUCGAGCGUGUAGAUUGGCAACCUGUUGCUAAAUUGUAG